CAAAUCUGGAAAAUAAUAAAUAUGUCUGCAGAAACUCUUGAUAAUAAAGCUAAUAUUUAAGUUUUAAUUAAUGAUUUGAGUGGAUUGUCUCAAUUUAUUGACAAAAUUGAAUAGCAAAUCUAAUAAAUCAAAUUAGAUAACGAGUAAUACAAAAAGUCAGAAAACGCUAUUGUGAAACAUGUCUAAAUGCUGAAUUAGAAAAUUGAAAAGAUUGCUAGAUCAUUAAAUUCCCAUAAUCUCAAGGAUUAAAAAAUUAAAAGCUAAGAAACAUAAUUUUGCACCAAUAUAAAAAAAGGAUCAAUUUUUGAAAAAAAAUAAAAAAGCUUGUUUCAGGAAGAAACAGAAAAAUCAAUUAAUAAACAAAGUCCUCAGAAUAUAGACCAUCCCUUUUAAAUAAUAUAAUGUUCAAAUCUUAAAUUGUAAAAAAGUGUUACAUUCUAGUUUAGCAUUCAAGAAAAAAACAUAUUUGAUGACAGUAGAUAAAAAGAAGAGAAUGAUGACGAGAAUUAAAUGAUAAAAUAUUUUAAUUACAAUAGUUCAAUGCAUUCAAUUAAUAGUCUAAAGUGUAAAGUCGAAUAAACAAAAUCGAUACUUAAAAAAUCUAAAACUCUAGAUAAAUUUGAUCAUGAAAUAAGUCCAGUUGAAGAUUAAAAAUUUUUUAAUACAAAUAUGGCAGAUACAGAUUAUUGUGAAUUAAGAAAUCACGAAUUCAUUAAAAAUUUGAUAUAAAGUGAAUAAAUUAAUUCAAAGAAUAAAGAAAAUUACUUUUAUAGUGAAUCAGUUACUAAAUUAUCAAAGUCUGGAAAGUAAGAAUUGAAGAUAAUUUGCAUGACCUAAAAUUUUUUCUAUGUUUUUCCUUAAAAAAUUAAUAAUGAUAACGUUAAAAAGUUUUUAAUGAAAGAUAUUAAUGAUAUAAUUAUUGAUGUUAAUGAAAAACAAAAGUGUUCAAUCGUUAUUAAAAAUGAAUUCUAAUUGAAUUUGAUAAUUAGUCAUCGAAAUGAAUUUUUAGAUUACAUUUUCAGAGUUUUUAAGAACUAUUUAAAUACUCUUUAGCCAAAGAUUCUAUACAAAUAAGCUUAGUAGCCCUAAUUAAAUCCUUAAAAUAAAAAUAGUAAACCCCAAAUCGUUACAAAAUGCUCAAUCUUUAAGGACAAAAACUAAUAUUAUAAAAUUUUUAUUUUAAAAGACCAUACAAAUUUGAUUAACAAUAAUAAAAAAUCUAAUGGCAUUUUAUUGAUUAAUAAUGAUUAAAAUUUUAUUUAAUUUUCUAAGGAUAGUUUCAGCAUAGAAGUCAAUCUUUAAGUUAAAUAUUUAAAAAAAGAUGUUGAGGCGAGGAUACUUUAAUUUUAAUCUUUAGAUAGCCCAUACGAAAUAUUUAAUAUCUAAUUACAAAGUGAAUAUGACUUUCCUUUAUUAGCAAAACAUUUAGAAUAUUUCAGUAAAUAAUAGUUAACAAUUAAAUGAUUAUUGAUAAUUAAUACUUAGCUAUUUGUUUGAUUAAAUGU